GCAACUUCGUGUGCUACUUUAAUUUUGAGCGCAUUUUUCACCGGAAAAAUAAAAAUAAAUGUAAAUAAAUGGAGAACGCAUUUAUAAAACGGCGGUCGCUGACGCUCAGCACUCGCUUACUGCAGAAACGUCUCAGUGCUUCGCCACAGAGCUGCGGGCGCUCAGGAAGCGCUCACGACGUAAGUGGUUCCUUGGAGCCUCCUGGGUCCCCUAACGCCUCAUCAAUUGGCGGAUUUACCUCCGAUGUAGAGAGCACGCCACCGCACAAGCAAAAGGCCAGUCUAGACGACAGUGUGGACUUCUUGCCCCGCCUGGACAUCAGUAUGUCCCCCAACUGUAUGUUCUCGCAGACGCUGGGCACAGAAAGUCCAGAGGUAGGGUGGCGAUGGAACCAAAGCAGCAAUGCCACCACUGAUAGUGGCUUCGACUCGGCAGAAAUAGGUAGUCUUAGCCAAAAGGAACGCCGCCGGCAGAUCGCCUUCAAGGGCUGGGAGGAUCGGCGCACACAACUCGACAACGAGCAGUGGCGGGCGCAGCAGAUGCGGGCCAAUAUUCUUCUCAAGGAGCGCUGUGCCAAGCUGAACAGUCAGAUGGACCAAAUAGCGGUGUCGGAGCCAGAAGACUCACUUCAAACGCCAAAGAUCCCUCCACCUGUAGCUGCCCGAACAAGAUCCGCCUGUAAGAAGACUUCUUCAGAGCCAUUGCUUCCUGAACCGGCUGCCGCUGAUCCCAUGGCAGACUUUCUCAACGAUUCCGACUCGGAUCUCUUCCUGCUGGAAGCCUCGCAGCAGAUAGAAUCGAAAAUUGUACCCCAGGAACCUCCGAAACCAAGCACAACCACCACACCCACCAGUCAUAACAAGGCGAAGCGACCCUCGUUCUACAUGAAGUUUCUGGAGGACGAAAGCGAGAGCGAGGACUGGCUGAGCGCUCUGGAGGAAGCAGUGCAGCAGGCCACAAUGCCCAAAAAGCCACGAACCUCGCUGCAACGUUAUAAAUCCAUGCCCACCACCGGGGAUUCCUCCAGCGGAGUGUCCACCCUGACCAAUUUAAUGGCCGGCAAGGGAACAAACACCUCCACAAGUGCCUCCUCAUCUUCCGAACUAAAGGACACGCCCCGCAUCAAGCGCCACGCCAGCUCACAUGCCCUUUCCCCGGGAACAUCGCAUGCGCGCGGCAAACUCUUUGGCAGCCGGAAAUGAAACCCGAUAACCACCUUCAGCUUCCCCUCAGCGACUACCGAUUGUGAUGAGCAAAGUUAGGUUUAAGCUUUUUCGUUUUGUUUCGAUUGGCUUCCGUUGCCGUUUCCUUGACCAUUUUGCAUUAAUGCCAGUAUACGAGUGCGCUAAUUGAUUCAUGCACCUCUUAAGCGUCUUUCUAAAUGUAAAUUUAAGGCUAAUUAAAAAUUAAUUGUAAUUUAAAGCAGGUCCCUCAAUUGUCGCUUCGAAUGUUUCUGAGCCCGUUCGGCGCAUGCGACACGCCAUAUGCUCGGCAUUAUCGGGCCGGGGAUGCGCCGCCCACCUGCACAGGUGGAAGCGACUGACAGUUGGCUGCGACUGGCCACGGACAGCCAGUGAGUUUUCGGCCCCCGGUUUAUCUUUCAUUCGCCGAUGGGGCGCUCGUUGGGUGCGACGGUGUUUUAAAUUAAUUGAAAUGUAGGCGAAGGAUUUCUGUUUUGAUAUUCUUUCAGUGCUACCUUUGGUUAUUUAGGUCAGCUCGAAUUUAUCCCUGCUUUAAGUUGCGUGGCAAGCAGCUUGUUAACUUGCGUAAACUAGAAUUUAAAUAUACCCGUUGGUUGAUUAACAUACGUAUUAACAAUUAAAUAGAAUGUAAGGUAAUUGGUUCAUGAAUAAAUUAAAAUAUUAACGUUAAAUAAACAUAAGGAGAGUAUUGCUAUCCUAUAAGCAUAAGGAAUAUACUUCGUUCGCAUAGAUUUGAAAUAAGUCUUAGUUUCUAAAGAUAUUUUUAUUAAUAUUAAUGCGUAUAAAAUAGAUUAACAGGCCUUACUAUUUUAGCAUAUGCAACCACCUUCCAUAAUCUGCUAAUUUUAUACUCACUCACAAUAUCAUUUAAUUAAAAAGAAAUAAAAGCUUAAAUUCUCAUCGAAAA